AUGAUGCGCGCGCGCGCGCUCUGGGCGGCGCUGCUGCUCGCCGCGCUGGCGGCGGCGGUGCGGGGGCAGGGCAACCUCGCCUCGCGGGCGGAUCUCGCGGGGCUCUACACGCUGCGGGGCGCGCUCGGGCUGCGGGCGCGGGACUGGCCGCGCAAGGCGGACCCGUGCUCCGCGUGGGCCGGCGUGGGCUGCCGGGGCGGCCGCGUCGUGUCCGUCAGCCUCGUCGGCCUCAGGCGCACGCGGCUGGGCCGCCUCGCCCCGCGCUUCGACGUCGGCGGCCUGCGCAACCUCUCGCGGCUCGAGUCCUUCACCGCCGCCGGCUUCGGCCUCCCCGGCUCCAUCCCGGCGUGGCUCGGCGCGGGGCUCGCGCCCUCUUUCCGGGCUCUCGACCUCUCCGCCUGCGCCGUCACGGGGGAGAUCGCCGCGUCGGCCAUCGCGGGGCUCGGCAACCUCACCACCCUCAACCUCGCCGGCAAUCUGCUCUCCGGGCAACUACCGGCCGCCGCGCUGGCGGAGCUCCCGAAGCUUGGGGCUCUCAACCUCUCCGGCAAUGCCUUCUCGGGCGCGCUACCUGACGCGGUGUGGUCGCUCCCGGAGCUGCGCGUUCUCGAUGUGUCUCAGACUAACCUCACUGGCGCACUGCCGGGGGCAGGGAUUGCGCCGUCAGCCACCUUGCAGACGGUGGAUCUGUCUGGGAACCUCUUCUAUGGCACCGUGCCGGACACCUUCCAUCAGCUGUUCAGCCGGGUGAUGGCCAAUAUCUCUGGGAAUUACUUUGAGGGCAAGCUGUCAAGUGUUGCCGGUGGAAAUGUGUCCUCUGAGAUGAACUGCUUCCUUGACGUUGCCGGGCAGCGUAGCCCGGAGGAUUGCCAACAGUUCUAUGCUGGGCGUGGACUGCCAUACGAUGGGCCGGUUGCCGCACCAACGCCACAGCCUUCGCCUGCGCAUGCGCCUGCAGAAAAGAAGAAUGGAAGGAACAAGAAUUUGAAGUAUAUAUUGAUUGGGGCCAUCGGUGGCGGUGUCCUGCUUCUAGCCGUGAUUGCAGCCGUUGUGUAUUGCAUUGUGCGUUCUAGGAGGGGUAGGAGUGAUCAGAGGGAAAGCGGCGCUCCAAGUGCACCGUCAGGAGUGCAUGGGAGUUCAAGGGCUGCGGCAGCUACUGGUGCCACACAGCCUUCUGCCUCGCCCGCAAGUUUGGCAAAGGUCGGUGAUUCAUUUGCUUAUGACCAGCUCGCCAAUGCCACCUCGGGGUUUGCAGAGGAGAGGAUUAUCAAGCAUGGUCAUUCAGGUGAUCUAUACCAUGGUGUGCUCCAGGAUGGGACCACCGUGGUCGUGAAGAGGAUCACCACCCGUGUCGCUAAGAAAGAUGCGUAUACGACGGAGUUAGAUUUAUUUGCAAAGGGAUUGCAUGAAAGGCUGGUGCCCUUAAUUGGUCAUUGCUUUGAUAAAGAGGACGAGAAGCUUCUUGUGUAUAGGUUUGUCCGUAAUGGUGACUUGUCAUGUGCACUGCACAGAAAGACAGGGGAGGAAGAGGAGGGAAUGCAAUCGUUGGAUUGGAUAAAGAGGUUGAAGAUUGCAACAGGCGUCGCGGAGGCACUGUGCUACCUUCAUCAUGAGUGUAAUCCACCCAUGGUUCACAGGGAUGUGCAAGCCAGCAGUAUCCUCCUUGAUGAUAAAUUUGAAGUGCGUCUUGGAAGUUUGAGUGAAGUUUGUCCUCAAGAAGGGGAAAGUCACCAAAACGUCAUCACAAAGCUAUUACGAUUCUCAUCGUAA